AAAGAGUCACUCGGUGUUUUGAUAUGGAAAAAUUUCAACAAAUAAUCUGAGAUAAGCUUCUCAGGCAGCAGAUUUAAUUGUAGAGAGAUUAGUUAAGAUUAUUAUAAGGCACCAAAAUCAGUGAAAGUAUUUUUGCUCCAAUAUUGAGCUUAAAAGACUAACUUCUUCUCCUGGACAAAGUUGGAACUGUCUGAAUACAAAGGAUCCUCCUUAGAAGGUAUUGGACUACACAGGAAAAAGACUGUUUCUCUCAGGAAAUUUAGAAGGAUGUAGGGAAAAAAAAGAGAAAAAAAAAGACCCAACAGACGAUCACACUGAAAAUUAUACAAAUCACAAUUUCUCAAUUUGUGGAGAGGCGGCAUACAGUAGUGACUUUGUCAUAACUCAGUUAAUAAGGAACAUCAUCCCAAAAUUGAUUUAGUCACUGAUAAAAUGAUGUGGAUGCUGCAUCUGUUGGCUUGUUGAUAAGAACUGAACAUUCCUACAGCAGGGAAAUUCACUUAAUUCUUGAAAAGAGACAAGUGUUUGGAUUCAACAGAAGCCAAAAAAAAAAAAAAAAAUGGCAAACUACGAUACUAUUGUGUACAGUGUUUCUAACAGCACUGAACUCGUGUCAAACAUCGCCUUAUUGGUCAAUGCCACUUUCUUCCCAGAAGGCACUGAAAAUACAUCGAAUGAUUGUAUGGAAAAUUCCACCCUUAAAAGAUUCAGUGAUGGAUAUGAACAAAUCCAUGGUUAUCUUAGUAUCCUCAUCUGCUUCGUUGGCAUAAUAUGUAACAUUCUCAACGUGAUUGUUUUAACCAGAAAAAACAUGAUUUCGCCAACUAACUACAUUUUAUCUGCGCUGGCCAUUGCGGAUCUGUUGACCAUGGUGCCUUACCUUCCUUUGGCGUUCAUGUACUGUCUGGAAGGCAGGGGGAAUGUUCUGUCUAUUGAUGUACCUCGAUCUCUAAGUAUCAUCCUGAUCAACCUAAUGAACAACGUGAUCUCUAUCACGAUGCAUUCUGUGGCCAUGUGGCUUACGGUCGCCUUGGCGUUUUUCCGCUACAUCAUCGUCUGUCAUGGCCGGACUCAUGCGCCAAAGUUGUGCAGUUUAUACCGUACAAAACUGACAAUUGCCGCGAUCUGUAUUUUCACUUUAUUAUUUCUCAUCCCAAAUUUCUUGUGUCUGAAGGUCACACCAAAACGCGGAAACCAAGGCCAACAACUGUAUAUGCUAGAAGCUGGUGCAAUCUGUACAGACAACUUUCUAGUUAAUUUGAAAUUCUGGCUUUAUGGAGUCGGGGUGAAGAUUGCAACUUGCAUCCUCUUGGUUAUAUUCAGUGGGCUCUUAAUAAAGGCCAUUCACAGCGCAAAUCAACGCCGUAGGAAGUUGCUGUUCCAAGGCCGACGGGCAGAAUCGGAAUACACACAUGAGCAUAAUCGCACGACGACCAUGCUGGUCACUGUGGUGCUCCUAUUUGUGGUGACGGAGCUCCCGCAAGGAAUAUUGCUCCUUAUGAUAGGCAUAUCGGAGAAUAAGGCUCAGAGUGCCUGGUGUGUCUACUUUGAUCUGGCUGACUUUUUGGAUAUGAUUGUCCUUCUAAACAGCAGCAUCAACUUCAUGCUGUACUGUACAAUGUCACAGCAGUUUAGAAACACCUUUAAAAGCCUCUUUAUUAAAAAGAUCACACAUCGCCUAAACUCGAUGUCAGUGCGCCAUUCUGGGUCAGGACCGAGGCUGCGAAGUAACGGCCACCCAUAUGAUGCCAUUCCUAGUAACAAUGGAAAUGUUUCGUGCAUAACAAAUGAGGAAAAGACCAUGAAUACCACACUUUGAGCAAUGUUGCAUGCUAUUCACAUCCUAGAAUAACAUGUUAAACAUGACAUGCCUAAGGGUUUCAAUUAGUUCUGAGAUAAUCACAGAGUCUACAAGUGACUAAAACACAGAGAUACAGCAGUCGCCAGGGCUUUUGGAAAUGGGGAAAAAUCUCUGUGACUAACAAGCAUGUUUAAAUAGAUACAUUCAUCUCUGUAAAAAAAAUUCUUGACAAAAGAUAACAUUGUUGAUAUCUACUCCAUAUCCCUGGCAGUGGCAAGUGUCUCAAUGUUUGGGUAAAGGGCAAGUGCAUCGAAACAGUUGCCAAGACAGUCUUUGGAAGAAUGUAGAAAAAAUGUCCAUUGUAUUGUGAAUGAAGCGAAAUCACCAGAAAGCAAUACCAACAGGAGCGAAAUAUAUAUCGAUCUGCAGCUAAAGAUGAAGUGAACGGUACCUUUCAGCCAUCAUGGUUGUGAUUCGCCACCCAGUGGUGCCCCCUGGCGGUGUGUAAAAACAGUGAGUUGUUAUCUCUUCACAAACAGUGUUACAAGAAAAAAUCAUAAAACAACUUGAAAGAGUGUCACACUUGCUACUGAAAUGACUUGGUAUGAAAGGUACCAAAGUUAGUCAUUUAGAGAUGAUCAAGUUAAAAUUAUGACAAAGGACUGAAAUAUUUUGUGAAACCAUGAGGUUACUUUAUGUCUUAUUUGUGAAGAAUUGAUCUAAAAACAUUGCACAGAAAUACAUGUAUAUAAAAGAAAAAACUUUAUGUGUGCAAAGUAUCAUUAAUAUCAGUGGACAACGUUGGUCUUAAAUGUGAACAUAUAAUAUAAAUAACAGACAUAAUACAGAUAAAUAUGUACUGGAUGACCUGCAGAGAGGCAAACUUUAAUUUCCCCCAUUAUCUCUUUUAUUGUCAGGAAAGUGUGAGAAUAUUUAUAGAUGGUAAAACAGACCAAAAAUGCCAUUCAAUGUUUAAUUUACUGUACUUUAUUUAAAAUAAAACAGGUUUUUAGACCUGGCCAGUAAAGUAGAUUACAAACUGAAGAGCUCAAAUUGUGAUAGUUAAAUACCAGUAAUAUAGCAUGACACAAAUAGUUUUAUGUUAUUUAAGAGAUAUUAUCAAAGUUAUUAGUAGUCUUUAUCAAACAGAUUUUGUAAAAAACCAUCGUGAUUGGAGACCAAAUUUGCAAAAUUUCUCCAAUUUUCAGACAUGCUGAUAUCCUCAUACCGGAAAUGCUGCAUUUAUUUAUAAUGACAAGCUACCAGUUGAAAAUUUGCCAAAUCCAACAUCCACACAUUUGAUCAGUCUGCCAAAUGUGACUUAAUUCAUCUGAAAGCUGAUUAAAGUAUAUUUAUGUAGAUAAUUAUUUAAGUAAUGUUGGGAUCUGAUAUCCACGCUUUAAUUUUCUAUGUAACAGCAAUGCAUGGCAUGUCACAAAAUCUAUAUGACAAAUGGAAAACAUUUAACCAUGUUGAAACACCAUUAGUAAUCACAGAAAGUGCUAAAUGGCCUUCGGAGCUUUAGAAUGCAAGUUCCAAGCAUACUGCAAAUUACCAAACUGUUGUGCCAGUAAGAAUUCUUUUAUUCUCAGUUUUCUUGUUUGACUCUGAAACUGUCUGCCAAUGUCAUAAAUUUUAACGGAACAUAAUGGAUACCAUGUUAUGAAGAUAUUUCUUUGAAGGAUAGGUGUUCAUCGGAUAAAAAUAUUGAACAACAAGUGGCCUGAAAUUGCUCUCAAAUAGUUUGGUAAUUGGGAUCAUGUAGAUGAAACCACAAAAUCCUUUAAAGUAAUUUUCAGUGAUUUUCCUCUGAAGGAAGAUACUUUCUAAUCACAAGUAUCUUUGUGGUUCCUGACAAUAACCAAACGACAAAUGAUAAUAUUGCUUUAAGAAGAAAGUCCUCACUUGCAAAAGGCACCAAAUGAAAAGGGUUCACUGCAAAGAAAUUCUUUAAGUUGCAAGAUUUGAAAAUUUGCUAACAUUGGUUGCUGAAGAACAGCAGCAAGUUUUCAAAUGGUCAUUGAAUAAAUGAGGAAAUCCAAUGUAAAUACAGCAAAGCUAUGUUUGGAAUAAACUUAUUUUUACCGAGUUAUAUAUAAAUAUAUAUCUAUGUGAUAUGUAAAAUGCAUAAUAAUGGCGAAUUAAUUCUAUAAUCACACUCUGUAUUCACCAUUCACAAAAUUUAUGACCGAGAAUUGUAACAUUACUUUUUUUAAGGGUUAAUCCAAUUCAGAGUCAAUUGGCGUAUUACAAUAACAUGAUUAUAUGAGUAAUACCAGUAUAUACACAAUGUCAAGAGCACUGUUCUAUUUAAUAUGUCACAGUAAGAUGAUGUAAAAUAGCUCAUUUUUUUCUUGCUGUUCAUUUUUCCAAAGGAGCAGUUAUUGUUAAAAAAUAUUUUCAAAAAGAGAUUAUGAAUUAUCAGUUGCUAUAGAGGGUUGUUAAUGUCAGAAAAAAUGUAAAGAAAUUUCAUUUUUUUGUCUUGCACUUAAUGCUUAAUAUAUUAUUAUACUGAAUGUUAUAAAGUUAUUUUGCAUUUAAAUUGUUACGUAUUCUUGCAAAUGCUAUUAUGUUCAUUCAAUAAAUGUCUACAAGCAGUUGCUGUGUUUUCAGUAUUACGGUAUAAAAUGCCAUGAUUCAUUUACAACAUAUUGUGCUUUAUACUGAUUUGCUUAAUUUAUCACUUCCACUCUCCUUUUUAAAAUUAGGUUUCACAUUUGAAAUGCACAGCAACAUUGCUAAAUGUCUCCAUAAAUAACCAAGUGGUCCUGAAAAGGGCAAACUUUUGUUGAGAAUACAACAUUAAUUUUUUUCAUUUCUAGACAUUAUAGCACAUGUCUGUGUGAGAUUC